GAAGGGAAGAAAGCUAUUAAUGUGUCACAAGGAGGUAUCUACCACUGCAGAGGAAGAAGCGAUUCAGGUAGCAUCACACACCAAAGUAAUGCUGCCAUCAUUGAAGACACUCUUCCUAUUACGGCCAUUUUGACCCUGAAGCCCAACUGGACUAAGAUAUACAUGGGUGAAACAUUCACUGUCAGAUGUGACAUCCAGGGAGGUGAAGGAACUUACUGGAGCUAUGAUUGGAGACCAAAAAGGUUUACCACAUAUUAUACAACCAAUGAAAGAACAUUCUACAAUGUUGGUUGGGAAGACAAUGGAGACUAUCAAUGCAGAGGCAAAACAGAUCUUUCCUUCACACAGUGGAGUAAUGUCAUUCCAGUAUCUGUAUCAUUUAAACUGCAUCCUGUCCUCACUGUGUCUCCCUCAUGGCUCAGUCCUGGAGCCUCAGUAACUCUGAACUGUGAGGUUGAAUAUCCUUCUGAAGGAUGGAGCUUCUCCUGGUAUAAAGCUGUUCCUUAUUAUAAAAUAACAGAGGAGCCCUACACAUAUGAGCUGCUACCUGAUGGCAGCAAGACUGCUCAGAGUUCGUACAUCAUUACUGGGCAGACAAGCACAGCAGCAUAUGUGUGCAGAGCAGAAAGAGGAAGCAACUACUACUACACCUACUACAGUGAUCCAAAGUUUGUCUGGUCUGCUGAUGCUUCAUCAGCAGCGUCUCUCACAGUCGGCCCUGUAGUGCAAAGAUUAGGCUAUGACUUUGUCAAACUGACUUGUAAGGGAAACUCUUCUUCAUGGAGAGUGAGGAAGUUCCCAGAGAAUGGCCGGCCAUAUUGUAGCAACUUUUGGCAGUCAGGAGAAUCUGUAUGCACAAUUGACACAACAUAUUCAGAUGACGGAGUGUACUGGUGUGAGUCUAUGUUAAAAGAGUUCAGCAAUGCAGUCAACAUCACUUUACAAGGUUUGUAG